AACAAUUAAUUCCAUAAAUAUUGCACAACUCUCUCUCUCUUCUUCCACAUCGCAAAAGCUAUCUCCCUUUUAACUUUCCUCCUCCCCCACCCACCACCAUGUCACUACCACCUGUCCCGCCACCGUCAUCGCUAGUAACUCCUCUAGCAUCACCACCGCCAGCGGUGGAGCUUCCGUUACGUCAAAUCCCGGGAAGCUACGGGUGGCCGCUGCUAGGUCCCUUAUCAGACCGGCUGGACUAUUUCUGGUUCCAGAAGCCAGACAGCUUCUUCAAGACGCGAAUGGAGAAGUACAAGAGCAGCGUUUUCCGUACCAACCUUCCUCCUUCGUUCCCUUUCUUCGCUAACGUGAAUCCUAACAUGAUCGCAGUCCUCGACUGCAAAUCGUUCUCGCACCUCUUUGACAUGGACCUCGUUGAGAAGAAGGAUGUUCUCGUCGGAGAAUUUAUGCCUAGCCUUGCCUUCACCGGAAAUGUUAGGGUUGGUGUUUACCACGACGUUACUGAACCGCACCAUUCUAAGGUAAAGAGCUUCAGCAUGGACAUCUUGAAGCAAGGUGCAGGCAUAUGGGCACCUGAGGUGAUAUCGAACCUGGACAUAAUGUUGGACAACAUGGAAGCAAAGCUGUCCGAAUCUGCAUCCCCAAGCUACAUCUUCCCUCUCCAGCAAUUCCUCUUCACCUUCCUCUGCAAAGUCCUCGCCGGCGCUGACACUUCCCACGACCCCAAAAUUGCUGAAUCAGGCUUCGCCAUGCUCAACCGCUGGCUUGCUGUCCAACUCCUCCCCACCGUCUCCAUCGGCAUCCUCCAACCCCUUGAAGAAAUCUUCCUUCAUUCCUUCGCCUACCCUUUCUUUCUUGUCAGUGGAGACUACAACAACAUCUACAAUUUCGUCAAACAACAAGGUAAGGAAGUGAUAAAAAGGGGUGUAACAGAGUUUGGAUUGAGUGAAGAAGAGGCCAUUCAUAACUUGCUUUUCGUGCUGGGCUUCAACGCGUUCGGCGGGUUUUCGGUUUUCCUUCCGAGCUUAAUAAACGCCAUAGCGAGCGACUCAACCGGGUUGCAAGAGAAGCUGAAGAAGGAAGUAAGGGAGAAGGGCGGUUCAACCCUCGGGUUCAGCUCAGUGAAAGAGAUGGACCUGGUUCAGUCUGUGGUCUACGAGACACUGCGGCUGAACCCGCCGGUUCCGCUGCAGUACGCCCGGGCCAGGAAGGAUUUCAGGCUCAGCUCGAAUGACUCAGCCUUCCAGGUGAAGAAGGGCGAGUUGUUGUGUGGGUACCAGAAGCUGGUGAUGAGGGACCCAGCCGUGUUCGAUGAACCAGAUAGUUUCAAACCGGACCGAUUCACCUCAGAGAAAGGAGCACAGUUGUUGAACUACUUGUAUUGGUCCAAUGGCCCCCAAACCGGGACUCCUAGUGUCUCGAAUAAACAGUGUGCGGGUAAGGAUAUUGUGACCCUCACCGCGUCGUUGAUUGUGGCGCACUUGUUUCGCAGGUAUGAUUCUAUCAAAGGGGAUGCCAGUUCCAUCACUGCCCUUCAAAAGGCCAAAUGAAGAGUCAUUAAGAUUAUUGUCUGUGCCAUGAUCAGAGAGGUAAAUAUAUGUUUUUUUCUCGCUCCAAGAUGUAUUUAUUCGAAUAGUUGCUUGGAAAAAUCAUGAAUACAGGGAGUGGAGCUAAAUUAUUAUUCAA